AUUUCUAUGGAGCCAGAAGAAUCCGAGAAGAGUGAAGUGAUGGACUCAUUUCAGGUGGAAGAUAUUAAUAUUUCCAGACCCCUAAUGCACGAACAUCAUACAGGCCAAUUUGCACAUUCUAUCCAGUUCUGGCUAAGUUGUCUCGGCUCAGCUGUUGGAUAUGGAAAUAUCUGGAGGUUCCCAUCUGUGUUGUUUAACAAUGGAGGAGGGGUAUUCUUUAUCCCUUAUUUCAUAUGCAUUUUCAUAAUUGUGUUCCCAUUAUACUACCUUGAAUGUUCAUAUGGGCAAUUAUUCAAAAAGGCAUUACACAGAUAUUAUGACUCGAUUAACCCAAAGUUUUUAGGUGUGAGUGCGGCAGUUGCUUGAGUGACACUCUUCUUAGCAAUGUUCUAUACAACACUUCUAUCAUGGUGCAUCAGUUUCCUGAUUCAAUCGUUCCAGGAUCCUCUUCCUUGGGAUACUCAUUCUCAAGAAAAUGGCGUAUUCUGGAAUUCAGGAUAUUUCAAAGAAGAUCUACUGCAAGCUUCAGGUGGGAUUGGAGAAUACACCCAUAUUGUCAUUCUUGUGGCAGUUUCUUUUGUGAUUGCAGGAGUUGCAAAUUACAUUGUAAUUUUCAAUUCUCUUGAAUCUGUAGGGUAUGCAGUGUACGUCCUGAUUCCUUUGCCAUACUUUUUGCUUUCAAUUCUUUUCCUAAAAGGCAUCACUCUGGAAGGAUUUUACACAGGAUGGGAGUUCCUCUUCAAACCUGAUUGGAGCAAACUCUGGACAUUCAAGAUUUGGAAAGAUGCUGGUGCCCAAGUUAUCUUCUCCUUAACAAUUGGCGUGAAUGUCAUGAUGCUUUUUGCAUCUAAUAGAGACAAGAACGAGAAGCUACUCAAAGCAGCAAUUGGUGUACCUAUUCUCAACUUUGGUACUUCUAUAUUCGCUUCGAUGACCUUAUUUGCAUUUCUUGGGUAUGCAUCUGUGAAAACUGAGAUCCCCAUAGAGGAAAUGCCAAUGGAAGGAAGUGAGCUCGCUUUUGUAGUGUACCCAGCCUUGAUCACUACCCUUCCAUUUUCACAGUUCUGGGCGAUUAUCUUCUUUAUAAUGCUGAUAUGUUUAGGUCUUUCCUCUCUGUGUCCAUACUAUGAAGUUUGUUGCUGUUUCCUUCAUGGAAUGCUGUCAAGAACAAAGAGAUUUCACAAAAUUGAUAAGAAAAUAGUUUCACUCUGCUUUUGAUUUAUUGUAUUGGUCAUUGAUAUCAUUCUCAUGGCUUCUGAUGCCGGGUUUUACUGGCUUACUCUCUUUGAUCAUUUCUCAGCAGGCCUGAAUCUUCUAGUGCUGAUCCUUAUCCAGACUAUUAUUCUUGGUUGGUACUUGGGCCUUGAUUAUUUGGAAGAAAAAGUUCAUGAAAAGGGUGAAACAAUACCAAAGAUCUAUAAGAUCAGCAUAAAAUAUAUCUCUCCUGUUUUUCUUUGCUUCUUGAUUUUAUUCGGAAUUGUUGAUGAGAUCAAAAACCCACUUGACAUGCCUCCUUGGGCUCAAUUUAUCGGAGGAAGUAUGCUCUGAUUCCCGAUCUUAUGCAUAAUAGCUUCAUUAGUUUUUAGAUAA